AGGGCCAGAGCGCAUGUCCGUUGCUCUCUCUAUCACUUCUCACUUCCUCCUCACACACUCAAGGCAGCCAAACCUCAGAAUCCUAGCUCAUGGGGGAUGCAGCUUGGAUUUGACCCCAGGCCUGCCUGAUGGCAGACCCUUUCGGAUGCAUAUGCUGUCUGCUUCUUUUCUCUGCGCACAUACAUCCGAAGUCGGCCGGCAUGCAGGGACUCCCACUCUGGCAGAAUGGGUGCAAGGCGGUCUUGAAGACCGGCUGUGGACAAGAGUGUCUUCUGCCCCAGGACUGUGAAGGCCUCAUCGUCCGCUCGGCCACCAAGGUGACUGCUGACGUCAUCAACGCAGCAGAGAAGCUCCAGGUGGUGGGCAGGGCUGGCACAGGCGUGGACAAUGUGGACCUGGAGGCUGCAACCAGGAAGGGCAUUCUGGUCAUGAACACCCCCAAUGGGAACAGCCUGAGUGCUGCAGAGCUCACCUGUGGGAUGAUCAUGUGCCUGGCCAGGCACAUCCCCCAGGCGACAGCUUCCAUGAAGGACGGCAAGUGGGAAAGGAAGAAGUUCAUGGGAACAGAGCUAAAUGGGAAGAUCCUGGGAAUUCUUGGCCUGGGCAGAAUUGGGAGAGAGGUGGCCACUCGAAUGCAGUCCUUUGGGAUGAAGACCGUAGGGUACGACCCCAUCAUUGCGCCAGAGGUCUCGGCCUCCUUUGGUGUCCAGCAGCUGCCCCUGGAGGAGAUCUGGCCUCUCUGUGACUUUAUCACUGUGCACACACCUCUGCUGCCCUCCACCACAGGCCUGCUGAACGACAGCACCUUUGCCCAGUGCAAGAAGGGGGUGCGCGUGGUGAACUGCGCUCGGGGAGGGAUCGUGGACGAGGGGGCCCUGCUCCGGGCCCUGCGCUCUGGCCAGUGUGCUGGUGCCGCGCUGGACGUGUUUACAGAGGAGCCGCCACGGGACCGAGCCUUGGUGGAGCAUGAGCGCGUCAUCAGCUGCCCCCACCUGGGCGCCAGCACCAAGGAGGCCCAGAGCCGCUGCGGGGAAGAGAUCGCCAUCCAGUUUGUGGACAUGGUGAAGGGGAAAUCUCUGGCAGGCGUCGUGAAUGCCCAGGCCCUUACCAGUGCCUUCUCUCCACACACCAAGCCUUGGAUUGGUCUCGCAGAAGCUCUGGGGACGCUGAUGCAAGCCUGGGCUGGAUCCCCCAAAGGGACCAUCCAGGUGGUAACACAGGGGACGCCCCUGAAGAACGCCGGCAACUGCCUAAGCCCUGCAGUCAUUGUCGGCCUCCUAAAGGACACUGCCAGUCAGGCGGAUGUGAACUUGGUGAACGCCAAGCUGCUGGUGCAAGAGGCCGGGCUCAGUGUAACCACCUCCCACAACCCCGCUGUGCCCGGGGAGCAGGGCUGUGGGGAAUGCCUGCUGACCGUGGCCCUGGCAGGUGCCCCCUACCAGGCGGCGGGCUGGGUGCAGGGCUCGACACCUGUGCUGCACGCGCUCAACGGAGCUGUCUUCAGACCGGAAGUGCCUCUGCGCAGGGGCCUGCCCCUGCUCCUGUCCCGGGCUCAGCCGUCUCCUCCUGAGAUGCUGCCCACCAUGAUUGGCCUCCUGGCAGAGGCAGGCGUGCAGCUGCUGUCCUACCAGACCUCGGUGGUGUCAGAUGGGGAGACCUGGCACGUCAUGGGCAUCUCCUCCCUGCUGCCCAGCCUGGAAGCGUGGAAGCAACAUGUGACCGAGGCUUUCCAGUUCCUCUUCUAAGCUCUGGGGGGCCUUUCGGAAGAAACCUGGCCACUGGGAUCCAGAGAGAGGAGGUCCACAUUCCUCAGCUGACACUGCUUACUCUGCAGACCCUGGCUGACCCCUACAGAGAAGUGAUAAGCGGCCAAUAAAGAGCCUACGCCCAA